GCGGCGGUCGGCGGGGACCGCAGGAUGCAGCGGUGGCCAGUGGUGCUCUUCCUGGCCUGGGUUUGCUUUCUCUUUUUCGCCGGCAUCGGGCUCUUCAUGAGCGGCUUCUUGCUCACCCGGAUCGAGCUCGCCAGCAGCAGCUCCUGCUCCGACCCGCUCGUGCCGCCGCCCUGGGAGGGGCAGAGCCUCCCGCCGGGCUCCUGCUGGGCGCCCCAGCGCUUCUCCAAGGCCGUGCUCGUCAUCAUCGACGCCCUGCGCUUCGAGUUCGCCCGCUUCGACCCCGGCAAGGCCAGCCCGCUGCCCUACGAGAACAAGCUGGGGGUGCUGCACCAGCUGGCCACCUCGCAGCCCCGGCACGCCCGGCUCUACCGCUUCCGGGCCGACCCCCCCACCGCCACCAUGCAGCGCAUCAAGGGCCUCACCACCGGCUCACUGCCCACCUUCAUUGACGUGGGCAGCAACUUCGCCUCCUACGCCAUCCAGGAGGACAACCUGCUGGCACAGCUGGUGCAGAAUGGAAGGAGAGUAGUCUUCAUGGGUGAUGACACAUGGGAAGGACUCUUCCCGAAGAAGUUCUUCCGCUCGUAUUUCUUCCCUUCUUUUAACGUGAAGGAUCUUCACACUGUGGAUGAUGGGAUCCUGCAGCAUCUCUAUCCAACUGUGGAUAGUGGAGAAUGGGACAUGCUGAUUGCUCACUUCCUUGGCGUGGACCACUGUGGGCACAAACACGGACCCGACCACCCCGAGAUGGCCAAGAAGCUCACCCAGAUGAAUGAGAUGCUCAGGUCCUUGGUGGAUCACCUGGGGAAUGACACCCUUCUUCUGGUGGCUGGGGACCAUGGCAUGACAGAGACUGGAGACCACGGUGGCGACAGCGAGAAGGAAGUAAAUGCAGCACUGUUUGUGUACAGCAGGACACCCCUGUUUGGCAGUAGCCCUCCAGAGGAGCCUGAGACCAUUCCCCAGGUGAACCUGGUGCCCACUGUGGCCCUGCUGCUGGGUGUGCCCAUCCCCUACAGCAACAUUGGGGAGGUGAUGGCCGAGCUGUUCUCUGGGGACGGUGACACUGUGUCUGCAGCCUUGCAGCAGCUCUCGGUCUAUCACAUCAACGCCAAGCAGGUGGAUCGCUUCCUGCACUCCUACUCACUGGUGGCUCAGGACCUGCCAGCAGAGCAGCUCCAGCACCUGCGGGAGCUUUUCUCCAGCACCGUGGAGGAGCACACUCAGCUCUUGGCCCAGGUGCAGGGAACAACGCUGGUGCCUCCGGAGCUGGAGUCCAGGCUGGGAAGCCUCAUCGGUCGCUUCCAGCUCUACCUGCGGGAGGCGCGGGCCGUGUGCACCCAGUCCUGGGCCCGCUUCCAUCCCCUGCGUAUGGUGGGGGGCUGCAUCCUUGUUGCAGCUUCCUGCUUGCUCUGCUACAUGGCCUCAGAGCUGCCCACAUCCUCGGACUCCUUCUGUCGCCGCUGCCUCCUGUACCCGCUGCUCUGGGGCCUCGUGGGGGCUGCUCUGCUUGGGCUGGCCCACAUUUUCACCCAGGAGGGGCUGGACCUUCUCCUGGUGUCAUCAUGGGCAGCUGCUGCUUCUCAGAUGGGAUUUUUCUGGCACUGGUGGGGCCAGCAUCCCAAGAGAGCCCGUUUGAUGGGCAGUCAGCCACCCUUGGCCAGCAGUGGCCUGAGGCAGAAGCUACGAGCUUGGCUGGGGCUGGCAUUCCCCAUGGGCAUCCUGUUCUUCCGCUGUGGAGCCAUGUUCUCAGACAGCUUUGUUGUGGCUGAGGCGAGGGUGGCCCCUUUCCUGCUGGCCUCACUGGUCAUGUUGCUGGUUGGGAAGCUCCACUGGGACGGUCGCCUGACUGUGCCAGAAAGCCCCAAGCAGCAGCUCCUUGGCUUUUCCUCUUACCGGAAAGAGAUCUGGUACCUGCUGUGCCUCGUGGCCGUGUUCCUGGUCUGCGUCCGCCUCUCCGGCUUCUUCCACCAGUGCCGUGAAGAAAUUCCUCAGUGCCGGCCCUCUCUUUUCCUCUCCCCCCUUGCCAGCCUGAGAAACACACGGGCCAAGAAUCUCUUCUACCUCCUGUGCGUGGCCUUGCUGGCCGGGCUGGUGUAUGCAGUGCGGAGCUGGCUGCGGCACUACGGCAACCUGAACAGCUCGAACCCCCUCGUGCUCUUUGUGCGCUGGGGCUUCCCACUGGUGGUGCUCUGCAUUGCCUGCUACUGGGCUGUGGCCUCCAGCACUGACGACUCCCUGGGCAAGCUGCAGGAGCUGGUGCAGGUGGCAGUUGUUGCCUUUCCGUGGGCUGUCUAUGGACUGGCGUCUGUGGGACUGCUGCUCCUGCUGUGCAAUCCCAUGACGGUGUUUGCGAAGGACACGCGGGAGUUGGCAGGAUCCAUCGUCACUCCCUACCUGGGGGUUCCCAGCUCCGAAGUCGACUUUCUCCACGUCAUCCCUCAGAUCUACAAGAGGAUGCAGGAGUCCCAGAAGAGCCGUCUGGAGCGGGGCAGCUGCAGGGCCACGGUCGCGGCGUACGGGCUGGGCAGCGUGUACUCAGCAGCCCUGGUCAUAGCCCUCACCCUCCUGGGCUUCCUCCUGAUGCUCCUGCACAGCGAGCGCCUGAGCUUCGCCUUCCUGCUGCUCUUCGUGGAGGCCUUUGUGCUGCUGCACAUCCACACGUGUGCCAGAGGCCUUGCUGGAGAUGCUGAGCCUUUCUCAGUGCCCUGGUAUGCAGUCAUCUCCUGGCUCCUUGCUGCUUCCCAGUUCUUCUAUUCCACUGGCCACCAGCCCAUCUUCCCAGCCAUCCACUGGAAUGCAGCCUUUGUCGGCUUCCACCUUGACCACAGCACAAACCUCCUGCCUGCUGUCUUGGUGGGCGCCAACACCUUUGCCUCCCAUAUCCUCUUUGCAGUUGGCUGCCCCCUGCUCCUGUUGUGGCCCUUUGUGUGUGAGAUGCCCAGCUCACAGAGGAAGAAGCCCAAGAAGGAGUCACAGGAGGAGCUGCGGGAGGUGGAGGAGCGCAUGAUGGAGAUGAGGCUGCGGGAGUCUCCAGAGAAGUUCUCCACUGCUCUAUUGCAGCUGGGGCUGAAGUACCUCUUUGUGCUUGGGACACAGCUUCUAGCCUGUGUUUGUGCAGCUAUGAUCCUCAGGAGGCACCUCAUGGUCUGGAAGGUCUUUGCCCCCAAGUUCCUCUUCGAGUCGCUGGGCUUUGUGGUGAGCAGCAUCUGCCUCUUGCUGGGGAUCUCCCUGGUGAUGCGUGUGGACUGCGCCGUCAGCGCCUGGUUCAGCCAGCUCCGGCUCAGGUAGCGCCGGAGACACGGGGAUCCUGACCUGCUCGUCGGCCCAGGCUGUGGUUGUCCCCUUGCCUCCCUCGGGCUGGGAGGGGUACACGAGCCGCCAGCAAUGAGUGCCUACCGGCAGCAGUCAGGGAUUAUCCCCUGCUCCCUGCCUCUGCGCUGUAGAAAAGGACCGGAGUCAACUGUUCCUCGCUCACGGCGGGGGUGUUUCUCAGCAGGGGAGGUCAGAGCUCUUGCUGGGCCUUUGCUGGCAGCAGGAGGACUCUGCUGUGGGAGCCCAAGGCACAAAGCGUCCUGGAGCGCUCCUCUGGAGAAACACCAAUGGGGAUCUUGCUGCUGCUUUCCUGACAACUGUCUCCACUGUACAGCUGGAAGGCUUCAGUGGGCAGCAGGAUGUCAUGUUGCCUGUGCAAAAACUCAUGGGAUCGGGCCUGCUGAGGAUGGAAGAGGAGGCUGGAAGGAGAGGGAAUGUCCCACAGCCACCCCUUGUUUUCACAUCAAAGUGUAAGUGAUUAACAUGUGCAGAUGGCUCCCAGGGCCUUGGUGGCAGCUGCUCCUCUGUAAAGUCAGUCAGGUGCUCUGUAGUGAGGCUUCUCAGUGUGGCCAGCAGGACGAGGGAAGUGAUCCUUCCCCUGUACUCAGUGCUAGUGAGGCCACACCUGGGGUAUUGUGUUCAGUUCUGAGCCCUUCAGUUCAGGAAGGACAUUGAGGUGCUGGAGCAGGUCCAGAGAAGAGCAACCAGGCUGGUGAAGGGACUUGAGCACAAGUCCUAUGAGGAGAGGCUGAGGGAGCUGGGAUUGUUUAGUCUGGAGAAGAGGAGGCUCAGGGGUGACCUCAGCACUCUCUACAACUCCCUGAAAGGAGGAUCAAGCCAGGUGGGGGUCGGUCUCUUCUCCCAGGUAAUCAGCAGUAGGACAAGAGGGCACGGGCUGAAGCUGUGCCAGGGGAGGUUUAGGUUGGAUUUUAGAAAGAAGUUCUUUACAGAGAGAGUGAUCAGGCAUUGGAAUGGCCUGCCCAGAGAGGUGGUGGAUUCACCAUCCCUGGAGGUUUUCAAGAUGAGGCUGGAUGUGGCACUGAGUGCCAUGAUCUGGUAAUCACAUUGGGGUUGGAUCAAGGGUUGGACUUGAUGAUCUCUUCCAACCCAGUUAAUUCUACGAUUCUCCUGCCCUACACUCACUCCUAUUUUCCUGGUGCUCCAUGGAUGGUGGAGAGCACUCUGGGCUGCCUUGUACAGCCUGAGGAGGGCUUAUGUUGGGGCAAUGGUAGCAGGGAGAACUGUGUCCCUGACCAAGAAACUCUCCACUCAUGUUCUCAGCCUGUCAGGGUUCCCAUGGGCAGGUAAGGCUCCUCAUCUUUUCCUAAGUCUGUGCUGCUGAAUGCUGGCUGUUGAUUGUGAAUGGUUAAGAUGGAGAGGAUGUAGUGACAGGGUGGGCUCAUCCCAAUAUUGGGCCUGGCCAGGAGGAAAGAGGAGCCCAGAGUAGCUGUCCCAGCUGCAGGAGUGGCCGUGGUGUGAGCUCCAGUGCCUGGGAACAGCUGCUUGAAAGCCCUGAGCAGGCACCAUUUCUUGUAGGAGGUGGUUUAAUUCACUGGUGUCUGUGUAUGUGCUUGGGGUUAUGGGCCCCAGGCACUGCAGCCAGUUGCAUCCAUCAUCCUGUGUUUGGUACUUCUCUCCCUCUUGGCCUUGGCAUUCUGUGUGGGACUUCAUGCCACAAGUGAGCUACCCCAAACUGCCCUUGGCUGCACAGUGUUUCUUUCUUUAUGGGCACAGGUGGAGGACAGUGACCAUGGUGACUGGCCACAUCCCAGCCAAGUUCCUCCUGCAGUUUUCCUUGGAGAUGGGAUUCCUUACUGCCCUGAACCACUGUGUGGCAUUACUUGAUGCUAUGAAACCUUUUGUCUCUUUCCCCACUGGAAGGAGCUGAGGGCUGCUUGUCUGGGAUUUUUGCAUUGGUGUUUGUCUGAUGCCGUUAAUUUUUAACUCAUGCACCAUGACUGCCCCUGUUUCAGUUCCUUACUGCAGACUGUUAGUGUAACUCCAGGCUCUUCCUCUCCUCUGCCCUGGAGAGUCCCAGGGAAAGUGUCUUGUCACCACUCUCAUAAUUUGAGUUCUUGCCAUUUUUCCCAAGUGCCCAGUUGCUGUGGAAAACAGCUCUUGAGGGCAGGUUGAGUUUUGUAUUUUACCCAUGCAAAAUGCCUGCUCGGUUGUUGGGGUACAAUUCCAACCAGGCUUAAACGGCUCUAAUUUUGGGUUUCCAUUGCCUAGCCUGCUCCUGAGCUGCUGCCUGUGCUCUCCUGUGUCAGCCUCUCCUCUGCCCUGCUCUGUGGGCCUGUCCUGCUCAGUUUCACCUGACUGAGCCAGGGACUGGUUUGUAGCUGGCAUCGCUCCCUGGGCUGCCUCACUGCCUGGAUGCGCGACACUGGAACUAGGAACAGGCAAGGGUUAGCAGCGUAGCGGGGGAAGCUGGAAGCUGCAGAAACACAUCAGCCCACAGUUAGAUGGGUUUAGGCAGUCCCACCCUCAAAAGUAGGUUGUUUGCUGUAAACUGUGACUCCUCGGCCAUAUGCUCUCUGUGCUGAGGGGCGAGGGGUACACAUCCAAAUGCAGAGGAGGAAGGGGGUGGACGUAGCAGCUACCCAGUGAAUUUUCAUUUAGUAUGAGUUUAGUCUGGAUAACAUGUUGGUAAACUCCAAGGCUGGAGCCCAAAUAGGUCAUCUUGUGAGCUCGUAACCUGGUCAGGAGCUUGCUGCCCUGAGUGUAUUUGUGCUGGUAGGAAUCUUUGUGGUCACUGAUAGUGUAGAACUGGCCCCUGACGUCUCUGCUGCUGCCACCCAGGCCCCUGGGCUUCCAUCUCUGGGACUAGUUCCUCUUUCACUGGCCACUCCAAGGCAGCUGAGCCUUCCCAUGCCCGUUGUUCAUGGCUGGAACACUCGCAGGGUGCUUGGGCGUCCUCUCUCACCCCUCCGUGUCACCUCUCUGCUGUGGCUGUGGGCUCACAUUCCUGGGAGACCAGGGAGAGCAGGGGGAGCAGCAGUGCUGUAGCAUCAUCGAAGCACACACACUUAUCUUGCCAGAGACUAAACAAAACUUGCAGUAACAGAGCUGCAGGUACAUUCCUGUCACUGCAGAGAUGCCACGGAGUGCUUGCUGCUUGGCCACGACAAGACUGGCUGCUACACCAAAGAUUUCAGAUUCACGAAGACGAGUUUUCCAAGGGCUGGAGAUGCUCUUGCUUCCCUUCAUUGACUCUUUCAGUCUUUGUCAGCCUUUCCUAGCUGCCCUCGAGCUGAUGGAUGGUCUGCCAUUCUCUUGAACCUGCGGGGGAUUACAGAGUUAAUGCGGGUCCAGGGCUUGGCGACCUUGGAAGCAGAACGUGCUGCUGAUGCUCGAGCAGACAGGGCUGAUGUAAAAUCACAAGAGGAAGCUGCCUGCUGGUCCAAACCAGGGCUCUUUGGGAAACCUGGCAUGCUGGGGAGUAGGCUGUGCCCCACAUCCCUCCAAAGAGGUUGUCACAGGAGCCUGCUCGUCUCUUCUAGAGAAGUUAUUCCAAGUGGUUUGUUUCUGGUCCCUAUGUGCUUUGGCUGAACAUGACAGGGGACAAAAGUGCUCAGGGGAGCGAUUUCCAUCCUGCACUCCGCAAUCCUGCUGCACUUUGGGCUUUGCAUGUGUUGUGCAUGUGUUCCUUGGCAGGGGAGAGCUCCAUUGGGACACUUCCCUUGGCUCAGGCCCUUGGUGGACAGUGUGUCCCAUGGUCCUGGCACAAGGAAGCGAUUGAAUUGUGUCUCUUUUGUGCUGCUUGGAAAAGAGUGACUGAAAGCUGCUACCGCUGUGAAGAGCUGUGGGUGUUGGGAGCAUCUCACUGCUCUGAUCCGUGGGGCUGACAUGGAUCCCAAGGGAUGGCACUGCUUUGGGGGGGCCAGGGCUCUGUUCCCACACCCAUUCCUCUGUCCCAUCUCUCUCUGUUCUUCCCUCGAUGCUUCAGGCUGCUUUUUUAUGCCAAGGCACAGUCCCAGUCUCAGUGUGCAUCUUCCCUCUUCCCCUUGGGAAGCAGCAGUGCCAGUGAGUGGGGAGCAGGGCUUGGAGGGUGCUACUCUCUCCUCUGAACCCCAACUCAACACGUAACAUGGCUUGGAGCAAGAUUGUUUUAUUUUUUAUUAACCUCUGUGUGCCUCAGUCCCUCAUUUGGGGAAAAAGAAAAAAAAAAAAGGGGAUGGACCCAGUUGUGGAAAGCACCCUGGGAGCUCUGCAUGCAGCGUGGUGCUACACUUUCCUGGGUAUCUACACAUCUGCCUGUCAACACUUUCAUUCACAUCCAGCAGCUACACCUGGAAGGUGGAAGCGAUGCUUGAGUCUCUGCUGGGAGGCAGAGCCUUUUUUCUGCCAAAAACCCAUCCAAAACAGGCCAGUUUUGGGUAGCGCUUGUUCGCCCGGCAGCCACAGCCCUCGGGAUGGGUGUCCCACGUCCAGAAGUGCUGGAUGCGGCCCCACCGACCGUGGGGGGCACCCAGGGAAGGGUCACUCCGUUGUUAAAUUAUUUAAUGAAUUAAUUAAGCAGGGAGUUCGGGACGUGUGCGUGGAGAUUUGCUGUGCGAGGGUGGCACGGGGCUCUGCGUGGCUGUGAAACUGAUGAUGUCUGCAAAUAAAACCAUGAGAGCCAAGGUG